UUUUAUUACAUGGCAAAGUGCAUCUAUCACAUACUGUAUAUGUGUAGAGGAAAACGGCGGUGUCUGAGGCUCCUUAAAUUUGCAAGAAAACUGCUCUCAUACAACACAACAGCACCUGUGGUCCACACCAAGCUGGGAAGCCUGAGGGGUGAACUGUUGACAGUGAAGGGAACAGAGAAUAAGGUUCAUUCCUUUCUGGGUGUCCCCUUUGCAAAACCGCCCGUGGGCCCUGCACUGAGACUGGCUGCACCUCAGGCUGUGGAAGGAUGGGAGGGAGUAAGAGAUGCCACCAAACAGCCUCCCAUGUGUAUCCAAGACAAAGCACUGAGUGUGGAAAUGUUUGAAGAGAUUUUAAGAAUUAAAGCUGAAAUCCCUGAGGCGUCAGAAGACUGUUUGUUCCUCAACAUCUACACUCCUGCAACCAGACCUCACGAUGCCAAACUCCCGGUCAUGGUCUGGAUCCAUGGAGGAGGUUUUGCAAUGGGCUUUGCUACAAUGUAUGAUGGAUCUGCCCUGGCAGCCUAUGAGAAUGUGGUUGUGGUGUCAAUCCAGUACCGCCUGGGACUCCUUGGCUAUCUAAGCACUGGUGACGAGCACAUGGCAGGAAACUGGGGCAUGCUGGACCAAGUGCAGGCCCUGAAGUGGGUCCAGGAGCACAUUCACAACUUUGGAGGAGCCUCUAACUCAGUCACCAUAUUUGGAGAGUCUGCUGGUGGAGUGAGCGUGUCCCUUCUGCUUCUCUCACCAUUGACCGAGGGGCUGUUCCACAAAGCGAUUGCUGAGAGCGGCACUGCUGCUAUGGAGCCUCUUGUGCAAGAGAACUCUCUUGCGAUCACGCAGAUGGUUGCAAACAUGUCUGGAUGUAGCGUUGAAUCCACAGAGAAGAUCGCAGAAUGUAUGAGGAACCUGGAUUUGGAAAAACUUAACCCUGUGGUCAAGGAUCCAGCAUUAAAGUUUCCUGUGAUCCGGGACGGACACUUUCUGACAAAACCAGUGAAACAGCUGUUUGAGAAUCAUGAGUUUCACAAGGUGCCGUUCAUCACAGGCAUAAACGAUGACGAAGGGGGCUAUAUCAUGCUACGUUACCUUGCACCCCCAAACUGGACGGAGGGACUGGACCGGGAGCAAGUGUCAAACACACUGUCAGCAUUUCUUCCUGAUGUCAAAGUAAGAGAGCUGGUGCUGGAGGAAUACGGGGUGACCUCUGAUGACCGAGUGAAAAACAGAGACGCUCUCACUCGGUACAUGGGAGAUCUUUUUUUCAACAUUCCAGCUGUUGUUACGGCCAAUGCUCACAGAGAUGCCGGUGCUCCUGUAUAUCUGUACGAGUACAGGUAUAUCCAUUCUCUUUUGAAGUCAAAAAGGCCGAGCUUUGUUAGAAGUGACCACGGAGACGACAUCUUUUCAGUGUUUGGAUUCUGUUUCACACAGUCUCAUUUUAAAUUACCCGACCCCUGCUUGGUAGAAGAAGAGCAAGUAGCCAGAACCGUGAUGAGCUACUGGGCCAACUUUGCUCGCACCGGGUCUCCAAAUGGGAAGGGUCUGGUUCACUGGCCAAAGUGCGACAAUGAUGAACCAUACCUGGCAAUUGCAGAGGAGCAGGUGGUUGAUCAUCACCUCAAGAAUGAGCACUUUAUCUUCAUGACUGAGACUCUCCCAGAGAAGAUCCAACAAUUAUACUCAACUACUACUCAGGGAAAACAGGACCACAAGGAGCUAAGCAACACUGCUCAUCAACAGAAGAACACCAUACCUCCAGUGAAGCAGGGUGUUGGCAGCAUCACGCCGUUUUUCUUCAGCUGGAUCUGGGGCAAAGGCCCCACUUUGUCAGGGUGGAUGGAAUUAUGGGCAGCUCCAAGUACCAAUCAGUGUCGCCACAAAAGCUUCUGUUCGAAAGAUGAAGACAAGAGGAAUUUCAGGUGGCAGUACAUCCCCUCCAGUGAGUGUCCACUACCAUCGCUGAUGCCCACCUUUAUGGGGUUUCAGAGGUGGGAAGACCCCGGUGCUGCUCUUUACUGUGCUGUUGGGCAACAAGCGCAGAGGAAGCAUCAGAGUCGCGCGAGCCUCUGCAGAGGAAGUUCGCUCAACCCCCUUGUGACCGAGAGCUGCAGCUCAGAGACCAACAUGAAAGGCCUUUGUACACAAACCUCACUCUUCCUCUUCGCUCUUCUGAUCCUUGGUGCGGCUUCGAAACUGCCGGCACCUGUGGUCCACACCAAGCUGGGAAGCCUGAGGGGUGAACUGUUGACUGUGAACGGAACUGAGAAUAAGGUUCAUUCCUUUCUGGGUGUCCCCUUUGCAAAACCACCCGUGGGCCCUGCACUGAGACUGGCACCACCUCAGGACCCAGAAGGAUGGGAGGGAGUAAGAGAUGCCACCAAACAGCCCCUCAUGUGUAUGCAAGACAGAAACCUCAGUGUGGAAGUGUUUGAAAAGAAUUUAGGACUUCAAAUUGAAAUCCCUGAGGUGUCAGAAGACUGUUUGUACCUGAACAUCUACACGCCUGCAACCAGACCUCACGAUGCCAAACUCCCAGUCAUGGUCUGGAUCCAUGGAGGAGGAUUUUUAAUGGGCUAUGCUUCAAUGUAUGAUGGAUCUGCCCUGGCAGCCUAUGAGAAUGUGGUUGUGGUGUCAAUCCAGUACCGCCUGGGACUUCUUGGCUAUCUAAGCACUGGUGAUGAGCACAUGGCAGGAAACUGGGGCAUGCUGGACCAAGUGCAGGCCCUGAAGUGGGUCCAGGAGCACAUCCACAACUUUGGAGGAGCCUCUAACUCAGUCACCAUAUUUGGAGAGUCAGCUGGUGGAGUGAGCGUGUCCCUUUUGCUUCUGUCACCAUUGACCGAGGGGCUGUUCCACAAAGCGAUUGCUGAGAGCGGCACUGCUGCUAUGGAGCCUCUUGUGCGAGACAACUCUCUUGCGAGAACACAGAUGGCUGCAAACAAGUCUGGAUGUAGUAUUGAAUCCACAGAGAAGUUUGCAGAAUGUAUGAGGAGCCUGGAUAUGGAAACAGUUAACAACCUUGUCAUGGAUCCAGCAUUAAAGUUUCCUGUGAUCAGGGACGGACACUUUCUGACAAAGCCAGUGAAACAGCUGCUUGAGAACCAUGAGUUUCACAAGGUGCCGUUCAUCACAGGAGUGAACAGUGAUGAGGGCGGCUAUGCGCUGACACGUUUCGUUGCACCCCCAAACUGGACGGAGGGACUGGACCGGGAACAAGUGUCAAACUCACUGUCAGUGUUUCUUCCUGAAGCUAAAGUAAGAGAGCUGGUGCUGGAGGAAUACGGGGUGACCUCUGACGACCGACUGAAAAACAGAGGCGCUCUCACUCUGUACCUAGCGGAUCUUUUUUUCAACAUUCCAGCUGUUGUCACGGCCAAUGCUCACAGAGACGCCGGUGCUCCUGUAUAUCUGUACGAGUACAGGUAUAUCCAUUCUCUUUUGAAGUCAACAAGGCCGAGCUUUGUCGGAAGUGACCACGGAGAUGACAUCUUUUCAGUGUUUGGAUUCUGUUUCACACAGUCUCAUUGUAAAUUACCAAACCCCUGCUUGGUAGAAGAAGAGCAAGUAGCCAGAACCAUAAUGAGCUACUGGGCCAACUUUGCUCGCACAGGGUCUCCAAAUGGGAAGGGUCUGGUUCACUGGCCAAAGUACGACAAAGAUGAACCAUACCUGGCAAUUGCAGAGGAGCAGGUGGUUGAUCAUCACCUCAAGAAUGAGCACUUUGUCUUCAUGACUGAGACUCUCCCAGAGAAGAUCCGGGAGCUAUACUCAACUGCAACCCAGGAAAAACUGGACAACGUUGAGCUGUGAUGUCAUUUUUGUCUACAUUCCCGCUAUUAAA